UCACCCCCACGUCAAAGAAGGAAAACGAAUCACCUCUCCACGACGCCACCCGCAUCGACAACUCAAAACCCGUCUCCUCACUGUCACCGACCCCGGCGAUCACCGGCGAACAAGGGAUCAGUGUACUUUCUCUCUCCAAACGCGAAGAUGGACGAAGUUAAUGUUGCGCAGCAGCUGAAGCAGAUGACGGACUUCAUCCGCUUGGAAGCCGUCGAGAAGGCAUUCGAGAUCGAGGCCGCCGCCGCCGAGGAAUUCCAAAUCGAGAAACUACAACUGGUGGAAGCUGAAAAGAAGAAGAUCAGGCAGGACUAUGAAAAGAAAGAGAAACAAGUUGAUAUCAAGAAGAAAAUUGAAUACUCAAUGCAGCUCAAUGCUUCCCGAAUUGAAGUUCUUCAAGCUCAAGAUGAUUUAGUGAAGUCUAUGAUUGAUUCAGCGCGUAAAGAGCUACUGUACCAAAGCCGAGACCAUGAAUCUUACAAGAAACUUCUCAGGAUACUUAUUGUUCAGAGCUUGCUGCGUCUGAAAGAGUCGGCGGUUAUUCUCCGCUGCAGGAAGGAGGAUCUUGAGCUUGUUGAAUCAGUCUUGGAGUCUGCGAGGAAUGAGUAUGCGGAAAAAGCAAAUGUAUAUCCGCCUGAAAUCAUGGUAGACCGCCAUGUCUAUCUGCCGCCUGCUCCCAGUCAUUACAAGGAACAUGACCUUUCCUGCUCUGGUGGAGUUGUAAUGGCUUCUCAAGAUGGAAAAAUUGUCUUUGAGAACACGUUGGAUGCUAGACUAGAAGUGGUUUUCAGAAAGAAGCUACCAGAGGGGGAAAAGCCCUUUGUCACCGAUGACUCGAGACUUAAUUGCGCCAGGCAAGCGUAAUAAGAUGAACUACAGCAUUGGGCGAUUUCUCUUAAUAAGGCAUUGAUGUGUGUAGUGAUGCCAUUUACGUGUACACGUAAUUUGUUACCUUGAUGAAAUUGGCCUCUUUGAUUUUCAUAUAUCUGAUUUAAAAAAGUGUUGACUAA